AUGGCUAAGCAUUCAACUGACAAAAAGACUGUCAGAAAGUCUAGUUUGGAACUGACGAAGCAUACCAAAAAGAGAACAAGAAAUGAAUCAGAAUCAGAUUCAGACUCUGAAAAUGAGGUGGACAUAGACACUGAAAAGGCUGUCGAUCAAUUAGAUGACGAGUUUGACGAAGUAGCAGGGCUUUUAGGACAAAACAUUCAAGAUCCAGAAGCAAAAGCAGUAAACAAAAAGCAAGCAAAAGAUGAAAAGAGAUUGCAAGAGUUGACAAAGGCAAAGGUUGUUGACUCAAGCAACAAUGACAACGUUGAUGAUGAUGACGAAUCUAAGGAUAAUUAUUCCUUUGAAAAAGCAGACUUUUCAGAACCGACAAUGAAAGCCAUUAGAGAAAUGGGCUUCACAAAGAUGACUAAAGUACAAGCCAAAACUAUACCCCCAUUGUUAGCAGGAAGAGAUGUAUUGGGAGCAGCAAAGACCGGAUCAGGAAAGACAUUGGCAUUCCUCAUCCCGGCAAUCGAGCUCAUGUAUUCAUUGAAAAUCAAACCUAGAAAUGGUACAGCUGUGAUUAUAAUAACACCCACUAGAGAAUUGGCUCUACAGAUUUUUGGCGUUGCUAGGCAAUUAAUGGAGCAUCAUUCGCAAACUUGUGGGAUAGUGAUUGGUGGUGCUGAUCGAAGACAAGAGGCUACUAAAUUGGCAAAGGGAGUCAAUUUAUUGGUUGCUACGCCUGGUAGACUUUUAGAUCAUUUGAAAAACACUCAGGGUUUUGUAUUUAGUAAUUUGAAAGCAUUGAUUAUUGAUGAAGCUGAUAGAAUAUUGGAAAUUGGGUUCGAGGAGGAAAUGAAACAAAUUAUCAAAAUCCUACCUAAUGAGGAUAGACAAACAAUGUUAUUUUCAGCAACACAAACGACUAAAGUUGAAGAUCUUGCCCGGAUUUCCUUGAGACCAGGUCCAUUGUAUAUAAACGUUGUUUCUGAAAGAGAUGUUUCUACGGCUGAUGGAUUGGAACAAGGAUAUGUGGUGUGUGACUCAGAUAAGAGGUUUCUUUUGUUAUUUUCAUUUUUGAAGAGAAAUGUCAAAAAGAAGAUUAUUGUGUUUUUGUCAUCCUGUAACAGUGUCAAGUUUUACAGUGAAUUGCUCAAUUAUAUUGACUUACCAGUGUUGGAUCUUCAUGGCAAACAAAAGCAACAAAAACGUACAAAUACAUUUUUUGAAUUCUGUAAUGCAAAGCAAGGUAUCUUGGUGUGCACCGACGUUGCCGCUAGAGGAUUGGAUAUCCCUGCUGUUGACUGGAUUGUUCAAUUCGAUCCCCCAGAUGACCCAAGAGACUAUAUUCACAGAGUUGGUAGAACAGCAAGAGGCACUCAAGGUAAAGGCAAGUCACUAAUGUUUUUAACUCCAUCUGAAUUGGGAUUCUUGAGAUACCUUAAGGCAGCCAAUGUGCCACUUAACGAAUACGAGUUUCCAGCUAAUAAGAUUGCCAACGUUCAAUCGCAAUUGACAAAAUUAAUCAAGACAAAUUAUUUGUUGCACCAGUCUGCCAAAGAUGGUUACAGGGCAUAUCUACAAGCUUAUGCUUCACAUAGUUUGAAGACAGUGUAUCAAAUUGAUAAAUUGGAUUUGGUCAAGGUUGGUAAAUCAUUUGGGUUCGACGUACCUCCCAAAGUGAAUAUUACAAUUGGGGCUAGUGGCAAAUCAAUUGAAAAGAAACACAAGAAACAAAAAAGAGAUAAGAAGUAG